AGAAUCGGUCGAUAAAGUGAAAGGAUUUGGAGAUGGAGAUCCAUGCGAAGGAAGAAAUGCACGUAACCGGGGACGACGACAAGGAGUUGAUGGUUAAUAGUGCGAGUGAAUUCUGGGAGACGUUUCUUCAUGUUACGUCCAUUAGGGUGCUGGUGGUGGAGAACGAUGACUCCACGAGGCGUGUUAUCAGUGCGCUGCUUAUGAAUUGCAAUUAUGAAGUGAUCGGAGCUUCAAACGGAUUGGAAGCAUGGAAGAUUUUAGAAGAUGAAACCAACCAGAUUGAUCUUGUGCUCAGUGAGGUAGUAAUUCCUUAUUUGUCAGGCUUAGAUCUUCUCUGCAAAAUAAGGAGUCACAAACCGCGCAGUAAUAUUCCCGUGAUUAUGAUGUCCUCCCACGAUUUGAUGAGCUUGGUCUUCAAGUGUUUGUCAAAUGGCGCAGUAGACUUCCUGGUAAAACCUGUUAGGAAGAAUGAGCUUAAGAACUUGUGGCAGCACGUCUGGAGAAGUAGCCACAAUUCUAAUGGCAGUGCAAGUGUGGGUGGGAAAGAAACCAAAAGCUCUGACGACGAUGGCGAGGAUAGUAGAAGCAGCAGCGACUUGAAAACCGGUGGUGGCAAUGAAUGAUGCAGGUUCCAUGAUUUCCUUGUUUUCAUUGGACUUAGUACAAAAUCUCAUGUUUAACUAAUUAGGGUUCAUCUUUUUGAGGCUGUGUUGAUAUGCCACUUAGAUUAUAUUCACCAACUCUUAGAGAAGAGAUGUCCUUAUCAUAGAACCAAUAAGUGAAAUUUGAGCUUCUGUUCUGUUCCUCAUACUAUCUAGUUAUCUAUUUUUUUCCCAGAUUGCUACUGUAGUAUAGAUGACAAGUCUGGGCAAAUACCACAUUGUAGCAGGAACAUUCAUGAACAACAACUGGCUAGAAAUUUUGUGUGUUGAAUAAGAUAGUUUUAGAGGAUUUCAAGUUCAAAUACUAUACAUUUUGUAAAACUCUGUUCUGUGGCUCAAGCUGGUU